AUGGAGAUCGAUCCAUCCGAAAUUGUGGAAAAUCCUAGCCCACUAUUGGGACUCUCGGGAGAAACCACCAUAGCUUUCGGAUCGAUUAAUCUCGCAGUCAAAGCUGGGACCGUGAUAGAGUUUCUAGUCGUAGACCGUCCCGCGUCGUACAACGUUAUCAUGGGAACACCAUGGUUGAAUUCCAUGCGCGCGAUCCCAUCAACGUACCACUUUUGCCUCAAAUUUCCAACUCCUAACGGAAUCGAGGUAAUAUGGGGAAAUCCGAGAGUAUCGCGGGUGUGUUUCGCAGCAGAACAAAAACGAAACAGGCCAGACCACGAAACCAUUCCUAGAAAGGAGAAGAAAAUGGCUUCCGACAAAAACACUCGAAGUCAGGAUUUAGCGAAACUCUUCUGGCAAUCCCAUAAAAUCGUGGCCUAG